CAGUAUCAAUUCAUAUCAUUUAUCCUCCUUCACCGUAUCAUUCAUCCUCAUUCAUUACUAGUGACAUACCAUACUUUACUCCUAGUUCAUCACCUCCCCGACAAGUCAACUCAACUUCCCUGAAUCUCUGGCCCCGCCGCCACCUCAUCGCAUUUCAUCACUCCACGGAUCUUCGGUCAAGUCGUACAGAGCAAGGACAGCAAUCGACGCCGAUUCCAAUAACUACCAACUCCUUUCUUCUCUUCUCAUAAACAUACCAUCAUACGUCUGUAGCAAGGUCGAACCACAGCCGCCAACAUGGACACUCCAGCAAUCCCAAUGCCGCGGGAUCCUCGCGAGCAGGACAUCCUACAGAAGCUAACGAUGAUUCGAGAUCGUCUACUGCUUCUUAAACAAGAUCGCACAAACUACAUUCGAACACAGGAUGUUAUGCCCUUGUUCGACGAGACCAUGGACCAAGUCAAGGAUUUGACCGUCGUACGGGCGGAGACGGGCCUCAAAGAGGAGAACAGAUUGGACAAGAUUCUAGAGAGUUGUUUCCAACUGCUUUCCCUAUUCUACCUUACUAUCGGACGAAACAACGAGGCGCCGGCGACCUAUGCUAUGACAUCAACCGUUAAGCGACUCCUCGAUCACCUCAACGAAGCCGAGCUCUACUCCGCCAAAGAUCUUGGAAGUAUUAAGACAACACUCGAGGAUCUAUCUAAGAACAUUCGCGAAGCUGCUAGUGACCCAUCCCCCGAUAAGCGACACCCUCCCUACAUGCUUACGCUGCUUGAGAACCGUGUCGAACUGUGCAACUCGACCCUAUCAAGACUCCAAAAGCGAUUAGAUAAAUUGCCGGACUAUCUGCUGGAAUCUCACGAGAAGCUCAUUUCAAUCUUGCGAUCGAUUUCGCUAGCCAACACCAAGUCCAAGUUCUCAACAUCGGAGGUUAAGAAGCUACGAAACCAAAUCUUGGAAAUUGGUGAAAAGCACAGCAACGGCACGUUUACUGCAGAAGAUGGUGCUGUGGAGGAGGGUGGAGAAGUAGUCCGGGACUUGUACAACCGCUGUGUCCGCUGGUCGGACUUGGUUCUCGAGAGGCAAGGAGAGGUGGCUGAUCAAUGGCGACCAAUCUACGAUACACUCAUUCGCAUUCGCAACGACCUCGAGAAGCUUUCCCUUACACAAGCGUGGUCACUCCGAGAAACCGACCUGUACGAUUUCCAGCGACAGCUUGACCGAAUUGACGAGAGCCGAGGAGAUAAUGGUAACUGGGUGGACGACCGUGGGCGAUCGGCAGACCUUUGGACUCAGCGAACGUUCCUCUACCUUAUCCGACGAUCAUACGCCUACAUUUACUCAUUCAUGCUGGCAUCUGAGCCAGUAUCCGAAGCUCUGUUGCCCGUCUACAAUCAAUUGCAGACACUGAAGCGAUGUUUGAUCGAAGUCAAGAAUAACGGAGGCGUAUCCUCUGUGCGAGAGUUGUACCCUUACAGUAUGAAGCUCAACUCUCUCGAUAACAUGAAAGUGGACGGCAAGUUUGUAGUGAACGGCGAUAUCCCUGAAGGACAAGGCAGUGUUACGGAGCUGUUGCACGAGUGCUUUGAUCUCAACUACGAACUGAGAGUUGCAGCUGAAGAGGUGAUUGAGAACAAUGCAAACAGCAACGAAGCUUAGACUUGAGGUGCGGUAGUGGCAUAUCAUUCCAUAAGUGAUGGGGUGAGAGAUUCCCUGGGGGAACUCUGGUGUACGAUGGCGUUACUAUUACUUGAAUUGGAAUUCCGUUGGUGGACAACUCUUGCUUGUGGUGUUUGGUAUAAUUGGGCUUGCGUCUGUGGGGCUAUUAAUGAAAUAUAUGUACAGGGAUUCGAGGUUGAAUUUUUGAGCCAGCAAACAAUGGGGAAUGGGUAUGAACUAUCGGCAACGACUGGGUGGAAUGAGGACCUCAUAAGUACUCAGCUGAGCGCUUUAUUGUCACUUAAUGGUUUCCUCGAACUUGGUUAAUCGAGUAAAUGAGAUUGGAUUAUUGAUAUUAGUUGAAUCUGAAUGCAGCCUUGAAAGGGUAGAUUUGGACCUAUGUAUGGCAUUAGUUUGUGGUUUUGGGGAUGC